CGGCGCUAUUGUGCUGACUGAGCUCAUUGUUAUUGUUAGUAAAUAGUGUGAAUAUUGUGCUGGAUUAACCCGAUUAACACUCUGGUUUACAGCUGUCGAGCGGAGUUCUAGCGAGGAUGAGUGCGGACGGAGGGAGGCCGGUGAAGGUGGGCUCCGUGGUGGAGGUGAUCGGUAAAGGGCAGCGUGGAACAGUGGCGUAUGUUGGCGCCACGCUCUUUGCCUCCGGGAAGUGGGUUGGAGUCAUCCUGGAUGAGCCGAAGGGUAAGAACGACGGCACGGUGCAGGGCAAGAGCUACUUCACCUGCAAGGAGAAUCAUGGGAUAUUCGUCCGCCAGAGCCAGAUCCAGGUGAUUGAAAAUGGAGGAAGCUCGGCUACCUCGCCCGAAACGCCCGAGUCGGGCAUCGCCAAACUUCCUCGCAAAGAAGUCGGAGAAACACCCGGAAAAGGAGCCAAGGCGGCCGGUCGUCCCUCGACUGGCUCGGACCUCUCGGGAUCGGUGCUGGCGGAGGCCGAACCCGGCACCCCUUCCCAGAAUACCCUGGCUGCUCCUGUCGUGCCGCAACCCGGCGGGACUCCCAGCAGCCCCGUCGCCUCCAUGUCCAGCAAGGAGGAGGAGGCUCUGCGUGCUCAGGUGAAGGACCUGGAGGAGAAGCUGGAGACUCUGAGGAUGAAAAGGACGGAGGAUAAGGCCAAGCUGAAGGAGCUGGAGAAGCACAAGAUCCAGCUGGAGCAGCUGCAAGAGUGGAAGAGCAAGAUGCAAGAGCAGCAGAACGACCUGCAGAAACAGCUGAAGGAGGCUAAGAAGGAAGCACGUGAGGCUCAGGAGGCUAAAGACCGCUACAUGGAGGAGAUGGCGGACACGGCGGACGCGAUCGAGAUGGCCACCCUGGAUAAAGAGAUGGCGGAGGAGAAAGCCGAGUCUCUGCAGCAGGAGGUGGAAGGUCUGAAGGAGAAGGUGGAGGAGCUAACCAUGGACCUGGAGAUCCUCAAGCAUGAGAUCGAGGAGAAAGGUUCAGAUGGUGCAGCUUCCAGCUAUCAGGUGAAGCAGCUGGAGGAGCAGAACUCCAGACUCAAGGAGGCUCUGGUCAGGAUGCGUGAUCUGUCCUCAUCCGAGAAGCAGGAGCACAUCAAGCUGCAGAAGCAGAUGGAGAAGAAGAACUCGGAGCUGGAGACUUUGAGAGGCCAGAAAGAGAAACUGCAGGAGGAGAUGAAGCAGGCCGAGGCCACCAUCGACGAACUUAAGGAGCAGGUGGACGCCGCACUGGGAGCGGAGGAGAUGGUGGAAACUCUGACCGAGAGAAACCUGGAUCUGGAGGAGAAAGUUAGAGAGCUGAGAGAGACCGUGACCGACCUGGAAGCGAUAAACGAGAUGAACGACGAGCUGCAGGAGAACUCCAGGGAGACCGAGCUGGAGCUGCGAGAACAGCUGGAUCUGGCGGGGGCCCGGGUCCGAGAGGCCAGCAAGAGAGUGGAAGCAGCGCAGGAGACUGUGGCUGAUUAUCAGCAGACCAUCAACAAGUACAGAGAGCUCACCACUCACCUACAGGACGCGAACCGAGAGCUGACCAGUCAGCAGAGCGCCACGGCCGAGCAGCAGCAGCAGCAGCAGCCUCCCGCCGAGCUCUUCGACUUCAAGAUCAAAUUUGCCGAGACUAAAGCCUACGCCAAGGCCAUCGAGAUGGAGCUGCGUAAGAUGGAGGUGCAGCAGGCCAACCGGCAGGUCUCUCUGCUCACCUCGUUCAUGCCCGAAUCGUUCCUCAGACACGGUGGAGAUCACGACUGCAUCCUGGUACUGCUGCUCAUCCCCAGACUCAUCUGUAAGGCUGAGCUGAUCAGUAAACAGGCCCAGGAGAAGUUCGAUUUGAACGGGAACGUGAACGAGCGCACCGGGUUACGGGGCGCAGCGGGGGAACAGCUCAGCUUCGCCUCAGGACUGGUGUACUCGCUCAGCCUGCUGCAGGCCACUCUGCACAAAUACGAGCAGGCUCUGAACGAGUGUAACGUGGAGGUGUUUAAGCGGAUGGGAACGCUGUACUCUGAGAUGAGUGUGCACGAGCGCUCUCUGGACUUCCUCAUCGAGCUGCUGCACAAAGAUCAGCUGGAUGAGACCGUGCAAGUGGAGCCUCUCACCAAGGCUAUCAAGUACUACCAGCAACUCUACAGCAUCCACCUGGCCGAGCACAUCUGCACUGUCCAGCUGGCCGACCAUAUCAAGUUCACCCAGAGCGCCCUGGACUGCAUGGGAGCCGAGCUGGGGCGCCUGCGUUCGUUCCUGCAGCCCGGCCAAGAAGGGGCGGAGCUGGCUCAGCUGCUGAGGGACCUGGACCUGUCCCGCGGCGACAUUCAGCAGUUCUGUAAGAAGAUUCGCAGGAGGAUGCCUGGCACCGAUGCGCCCGGGAUACCCGCAGCUCUGUCCUACGCCCCUCAGGUGGGUGAGUCUCUGGCAGAGUGCAGGAAACAGUUGGGCUGCGUAGUUGCGGUCUUGCAGGAAUCGGCCGCAGCUGGAGCGCAGCUCAUCUCUACGGUCUCAGAACAGGAGGGGCUGGGCGCACCCACCCUGGAGGAAGCCAUUUUCAAAGCGGUUGAGCAGGUUCACGGCACUCAAGAUCUGAACCCCCGAGAGUGUCUGCGCCAGUCAUGCAGCGCAGUCAUUACAACCAUGAACAAGAUGGGCACCGCCAUGCAGGAGGGCGAGUAUGACUCAGAGAAACCACAACGUGUGGUUCCUCCUGUAGAGGUUCGCGCUGCCGCUCUGAGAGCCGAGAUCACCGACGCCGAAGGACUCGGCCUUAAACUGGAAGACAGAGAGACGGUCAUCAAGGAGCUGAAGAAGUCUCUCAAGAUCAAAGGAGAGGAGCUGAGCGAGGCGAAUGUGCGUUUGAGUUUGCUGGAGAAGAAGUUGGACACCUCCACCAAAGAUGCAGAUGAAAGAGUCGAGAAAAUCCAGACCAAACUGGAUGAAACUCAGACCCUGCUGAAGAAAAAGGAAAAGGAGUUUGAGGAGACGAUGGACGCUCUGCAGGCUGAUAUUGAUCAGCUGGAGGCAGAGAAGGCGGAGCUCAAGCAGAGACUCAGCAGUCAGUCCCGGAUGACCAUCGAGGGGCUGCGCGGAUCACCGGCAUCUGGCAUCGCCUCUAUCGUUACGGGAACCACUGCGGGAGGUGUGGUCCCCGGUGUAGGACUGUCGGGUUCUGUACAGGUGGUGGACUCUCCUCUUCUAAAGCAGCAGAUUGACGUUCAGAGACUCACCAUCAAACACCUCAAGAAUGAAAACUACAGACUGAAGGCAGAGAAGAUGAAGGCUCAGCUGGCGUCUCUCACUCCCCUAAGUGUGCCCAGCACGACCGGCGUGAUGAAGGACGGCGCCCUGAACGAUGGAGUUUCAGGAACGCUGUACCGCAAAACGGAUCUGCUGCUGAGCAACCUGCUUAAAAUGAGCGCAGGGGUCAAAGUGGUGGACAUCACCGGGAAAACGCCAGUGAGUGCGAGUGCUCAGUUGUUGGAGCAGACGGCCCGGCUGCAGUCUCUCAGCGACGCCCUCGACAAGCUGAAGGGUGAGGUGUCGGAGCACGUGGUGAACCAGCAGACGGGAGCUCGGGUUCGCUCAGAUUUUGCUACGUUCCCCUCUUCCUCCUUCGUCAAGGCGGAGGAGGAGAAGAAGACGUGUGGCACGGUUCUGGUGGGUAAGGUGAUGUUCCCCUGCACCCGCGGUGAGGAGCGCUCUCACUCCCUCGUCCUGUCACAGCAUCAGCUCCAGCGCGUGCACCGCCUCCUCAUGACCUAAAGAGAUGCUCCUACACGGUUCUUCCUGUCCUCUCUCAGGAACUUCCUUCACCGGGCUUUCGUUUCUGCCACGCCAAAGAAUCACCUCAGUUCUGUUUCUGCCGCUCCGGUUCCUCUCCAUUCUUUAGCCAUUUAGAAAGAAACGCUCUGAAUGAUCAAGUGCUGGAAGCGAAACCAUGAAGUCGAGGAUUUUUCUAUUCCAGCUAAAUGGAUUCUGAUUGGUUGAGCAAGAUCGGCACCCAGUUUGCACCCCAAUUUUAUGGGAACUUAUUGGAAUGCUUUUCUGAUUUGUCGUUUAGUUUCUAUCCCACUCGAACCCUCUAAUAAGCAUUUACACUAAUAAAUAAAUAAAUAUGUUCGAAUAUACAUCCAUA